GGAUGCUCUUCUGUGCCACCCUCGUGAGCCACCAUGGGGCUGCCACUAGCUCGCCUGGUGGCUGUGUGCCUAGCCCUGGCCUUAGCCAAGGGCUUGGAACUUCAGAAAGAAGCCAGAUCCCGAAACCAUGUCUGCAGCACCUGGGGUGACUUCCACUACAAAACUUUUGACGGCGAUGUCUUCCGAUUCCCUGGUCUCUGUGAUUACAACUUUGCUUCUGACUGCCGAGACUCCUAUAAGGAAUUUGCCGUGCACCUGAAGCGGGGCUUGGACAAGGCUGGGGGUCACUCCAGCAUAGAGUCCGUCCUGAUCACCAUUAAGGAUGACACCAUCUACCUCACCCACAAGCUGGCAGUUGUGAAUGGGGCCAUGGUCAGCACCCCACACUACAGCUCCGGGCUGCUCAUUGAGAAGAACGAUGCUUAUACCAAGGUCUACUCCCGUGCCGGCCUCUCCCUCAUGUGGAACCGGGAAGAUGCCCUGAUGGUGGAGCUGGACAGCCGGUUCCAGAACCACACCUGUGGUCUCUGUGGGGACUUCAAUGGCAUGCAGGCCAAUAAUGAGUUCCUCUCUGAUGGCAUACGCUUCAGUGCCAUUGAGUUUGGGAACAUGCAGAAGAUCAACAAGCCUGAGGUUGUGUGUGAGGACCCUGAGGAAGUACAAGAGCCGGAGUCCUGCUCUGAACAUCGAGCUGAAUGUGAGAGGCUGCUGACCUCCACAGCCUUCGAGGACUGCCAGGCCCGGGUGCCCGUGGAGUUGUAUGUGCUCGCCUGUAUGCACGACCGUUGCCAGUGUCCGCAGGGUGGUGCCUGCGAGUGCAGCACCCUUGCUGAGUUCUCCCGCCAGUGCUCCCAUGCAGGUGGCAGACCUGAGAACUGGAGGACUGCCUCACUCUGCCCCAAGAAAUGCCCUGGUAACAUGGUGUACCUGGAGAGCGGCUCGCCCUGCGUCGACACCUGCUCACAUCUGGAGGUCAGCAGCUUGUGUGAGGAACACUACAUGGAUGGCUGUUUCUGCCCAGAAGGCACUGUGUAUGAUGACAUUACGGGCAGUGGCUGCAUCCCUGUGAGCCAGUGCCACUGCAAGCUUCACGGACACCUCUAUAUGCCAGGCCAGGAGAUUACCAAUGACUGUGAGCAGUGUGUCUGCAAUGCUGGUCGCUGGAUGUGUAAAGACCUGCCUUGCCCUGAGACCUGUGCCCUGGAAGGUGGCUCCCACAUCACCACCUUUGAUGGGAAAAAGUUUACCUUUCAUGGGGACUGCUACUAUGUCCUGACCAAGACCAAAUACAAUGACUCCUAUGCCCUCCUGGGUGAGCUGGCCUCCUGUGGCUCGACAGACAAGCAGACCUGUCUGAAGACCGUAGUGCUGUUGACUGACAACAAGAAGAACGUGGUGGCCUUCAAGUCAGGUGGCAGUGUGUUGCUCAAUGAAAUGGAGGUGUCCCUGCCCCAUGUGGCAGCGAGCUUCUCCAUCUUCAAACCCUCCUCCUACCACAUUGUUGUGAACACGAUGUUUGGGCUGCGGCUGCAGAUCCAAUUGGUCCCAGUCAUGCAGCUUUUUGUGACUCUGGACCAGUCUGCCCAGGGACAAGUGCAAGGUCUUUGUGGAAACUUCAACGGCCUAGAGAGUGAUGACUUCAUGACGUCUGGUGGGAUGGUGGAGGCCACGGGGGCUGGCUUUGCCAAUACCUGGAAGGCCCAAUCAAGCUGCCAUGACAAAUUAGACUGGCUGGAUGACCCCUGUUCCCUCAACAUUGAGAGCGCCAAUUACGCUGAACACUGGUGCUCCCUACUGAAGAGGUCGGAGACGCCCUUUGCCAGAUGCCACCUGGCUGUGGAUCCCACUGAAUACUACAAGAGGUGCAAAUAUGACACGUGCAACUGUCAGAACAACGAGGACUGCAUGUGUGCAGCUCUUUCUUCCUACGCUCGUGCCUGUGCAGCCAAGGGUGUCAUGCUGUGGGGCUGGCGGGAGAGUGUCUGCAACAAAGAUGUGCACGCUUGCCCCAGCUCACAGAUCUUCAUGUACAACCUGACCACUUGUCAGCAGACCUGCCGCUCAAUCUCAGAAGGCGACACCCACUGCCUCAAGGGAUUUGCACCUGUGGAGGGCUGUGGCUGCCCUGACCACACCUUCAUGGAUGAGAAAGGUCGCUGUGUGCCCUUGUCUAAGUGUUCCUGCUACCACCAUGGUCUUUACCUAGAAGCAGGAGAUGUGAUUCUGAGGCAGGAGGAGCGUUGCAUUUGCCGAAAUGGAAGGCUGCAAUGUACCCAGAUCAAACUGAUAGGCCACACCUGUCCGAGCCCCCAGAUCCUUGUGGACUGUAAUAACUUAACUGCUUUGGCCAUCCGGGAACCCCGUCCCACUAGCUGCCAGACACUGGUGGCUGGCUAUUACCAUACAGAGUGCAUCAGUGGCUGUGUGUGUCCCGAUGGACUCCUGGAUGAUGGCCGUGGUGGCUGUGUGGUGGAGGAUAAGUGUCCUUGCAUCCACAACAAACAAUUCUACGAUUCUGGGGAAAGUAUCAAACUGGACUGCAACAACACAUGUACUUGUCAGAAAGGACGUUGGGAGUGCACCCGCUAUGCAUGCCACAGCACCUGCUCUAUCUAUGGGAGUGGCCACUACAUCACCUUCGACGGGAAGCACUAUGACUUUGAUGGACACUGCUCCUAUGUGGCUGUCCAGGACUACUGUGGCCAGAACUCUACCGGUUCUUUUAGCAUUAUCACUGAGAAUGUCCCCUGCGGUACCACAGGUGUUACCUGCUCCAAGGCCAUAAAGAUCUUUAUUGGGGGGACAGAGCUGAAGUUGGUGGAUAAACACCGUGUGGUAAAGCAGUUGGAAGAGGGACACCAUGUGCCCUUUAUCACACGGGAAGUGGGCCUGUACCUAGUGGUGGAGGUCAGCUCUGGCAUCAUCGUUAUCUGGGACAAGAAGACCACCAUCUUUAUCAAGCUGGAUCCCUCUUACAAGGGCAAUGUAUGUGGUCUGUGUGGGAACUUUGAUGACCAGACCAAAAAUGACUUCACCACUCGGGAUCACAUGGUGGUGGCCAGCGAGCUGGACUUUGGGAAUAGCUGGAAGGAAGCUUCCACUUGCCCAGAUGUGAGCCACAACCCAGACCCCUGCAGCCUGAACCCACAUCGCCGCUCCUGGGCAGAGAAGCAAUGCAGCAUUAUCAAGAGUGAUGUGUUCCUAGCGUGCCACGGCAAGGUGGACCCCACAGUCUUCUAUGAUGCCUGUGUUCAUGACUCCUGCUCCUGUGACACUGGUGGUGACUGUGAGUGUUUCUGCUCCGCCGUGGCCUCCUACGCUCAAGAGUGCACCAAGGCCGAGGCCUGUGUGUUCUGGAGGACGCCAGAUCUAUGCCCUGUAUUCUGUGAUUACUACAACCCCCCAGAUGAGUGUGAAUGGCACUAUGAACCCUGUGGGAACCGCAGCUUUGAGACCUGCAGGACCCUCAACGGCAUCCAUUCCAACAUCUCAGUGUCUUACCUGGAGGGUUGCUACCCUCGGUGCCCUGAGGACAGGCCCAUCUAUGAUGAGGACCUGAAGAAAUGUGUCAGUGGGGACAAGUGUGGCUGCUAUAUUGAGGAUACUCGCUACCCACCUGGAGGAUCUGUUCCCACUGAUGAGAUCUGCAUGUCUUGUACAUGCAACAGAACGUCAGAAAUCAUCUGCCGUCCAGAUGAAGGGAAGAUUAUUAACCAGACACAAGAUGGUAUCUUCUGUUACUGGGAGACCUGCGGACCCAAUGGAACAGUGGAGAAACACUUCAAUAUUUGUGGCUCCACCACGCCAAGUCCAACCUCCCUGACAAGCUUCACCACAACUUCCACCCCCAUCUCUACCACUCCCAUCUCCACCACCAUUACCACCACCUCAGCCACUGCCACAACCCCAGUCACGACAGUACCACAUUGCUGCUUCUGGUCUGACUGGAUCAACAACAAUCAUCCUAACAAUGGCAAUGGUGGUGAUCGAGAGACUUUUGAACAUGUCUGUAGUGCUCCUGAGGACAUUGAGUGCAGGGCAGCCACAGAUCCCAAACUCGACUGGACAGAGCUGGGCCAGAAGGUACAGUGUAAUGUCUCAGAGGGGCUCAUUUGCAAUAAUGAGGACCAGUAUGGAACUGGGCAGUUUGAACUUUGCUAUGACUAUGAGAUACGAGUCAACUGUUGCGUUCCAAUGGAACACUGUCCUUCAACCUUCUCACCUACAACUUCAACACCAAUCUCGUCUACUACUCGACCUACGUCUUCACCAACAACCCUACCUACAACUUCCCCACUGACUUCAUCUGCUACUUCACCAACCUCGCAUAUCACUUCAACAGUUUCACCAACCCCCUCAUCCACCUCACCUCAACCACCUCACCAACCACCUCACCAACCACCUCAACCACCUCACCCAACCACCUCAUACAAUAUGUUUUACUUCAACCGCACCAACCACCACCACGGAGAUCCCAACUACAACAUCAACAACAAAGACUUCCAUUCCAACAUCAACUACCAUGAAGACACCAAGCCCAACUCCUACAACUACAGUGACUCCAACUCCAGAAACAACCACCACACAGAUUUCAACUUCAACAUCUACUACCAUCCAGACCACAACCCCAACACCCAUCACGGAGACCUCCACUCCUAUAUCUACCACCAGCCAGACACCAAGUCCAUCCUCUACUACCACAGUGACUCCAGUUACAACAUCUACUACUACAGAGACCUCAACAUCAUUAUCUACUACUACAAAGACCACAUCUGCAACACCUACAACACCAAGCACAGUCCCCACCACAACAGUGACUCCAACUCCAACACCAACAAUUGGAAAGACCACAACCCCAACAUCUACAGUAACAGAAACUUUGACUUCCAGAUCUACCACUACCCAGACAUCCAGCCCAGUUCCCUCCACCACAGUGACUCCAACACCAACACCAACCGCCACGGAGACCUCAACCUCAACAUCUACUACCACACAGACCACAUCUCCAACACCUACCAUAGAGACCUCCACUUCUACAUCUACCACAACAGAGACACCAAGUCCAACCCCUACAACCACAGUGACUCCAACCUCAACACCUACUACUACAGGGCCCCCAACCUCAACAUCUACUACCACACAGACCACAACGCCAACACCCACCACAGAGACCUCCACUCCUACAGCUACAAUCCUCCAGACAUCCAGCCCAGUUCCCUCCACAACAGUGACUCCAACACCAACACCAACCACCACAGAGACCUCAACCUCAACAUCUACUACCACACAGACUACAACCUCAACAUCUACAGUGACAGAGACAUCUACUCCUAUGACUCCACCCUCAACACCUACCACCACAGGGCCCACAACCCCAAUAUCUACUACCACACAGACCACAACCCCAACACCCACCACAGAGACCUCCACUCCUACAUCAACCACUACUCAGACACCAAGUCCAACCCCUACAAGCACAGGGACUCCACCCUCAACACCUACCACCACAGGGCCCACAACCCCAACAUCUACUACCACACAGACCACAACCCCAACACCCACCAUAGAGACCUCCACUCCUACAUCAACCACUACUCAGACACCAAGUCCAACCCCUACAACCACAGGGACUCCACCCUCAACACCUACCACCACAGGGCCCACAACCCCAAUAUCUACUACCACACAGACCACAACCCCAACACCCACCAUAGAGACCUCCACUUCUACAUCUACCACAACAGAGACACCAAGUCCAACCCCUACACCCACAGGGACUCCACCCUCAACACCUACCACCACAGGGUCCACAACCCCAACAUCUACUACCACCACACAGACCACAACCCCAACACCUACCAUAGAGACCUCCACUCCUACAUCAACCACUACUCAGACACCAAGUCCAACCCCUACAACCACAGUGACUCCACCCUCAACACCUACCACCACAGGGCCCACAACCCCAACAUCUACUACCACACAGACCACAACCCCAACACCCACCAUAGAGACCUCCACUCCUACAUCAACCACUACUCAGACACCAAGUCCAACCCCUACAACCACAGGGACUCCACCCUCAACACCUACCACCACAGGGCCCACAACCCCAACAUCUACUACCACCACACAGACUACAACCCCAACACCCACCAUAGAGACCUCCACUUCUACAUCCACCACCACGCCGACACCAAAUCCAACCGCGUCACCGACAGGCACUCCACCCUCAACACCUACCACCACAGGGCCCACAACUCCAACAUCUACUACCACCACACAGACCACAACCCCAACACCCACCAUAGAGACCUCCACUUCUACAUCUACCACAACAGAGACACCAAGUCCAACCCCUACAACCACAGGCCCUACAACCCCAACAUCUACUACCACACAGACCACAACCCCAACACCCACCAUAGAGACCUCCCACUCCCUACAUCAACAAUCCUCCAGACAUCCAAGUCCAACCCCACAACCACAGGGACUCCACACCAACACCAACCACCACGGAGACCUCAACCCAACAUCUACUACCACCACACAGACCACAACCCCAACAUCCCAGUGACAGAGACAUCCACCCUAGUUCCAUCUACCACCCAGAGACACCAAGUCCAACCCCCACAACCACAGGACUCCACCCUCAACACCUACACCACAGGGCCCACAACCCCAACAUCUACUACCACACAGACCACAACCCCAACACCCACCAUAGAGACCUCCACUCCUACAUCAACCACUACUCAGACACCAAGUCCAACCCCUACAACCACAGUGACUCCACCCUCAACACCUACCACCACAGGGCCCACAACCCCAACAUCUACUACCACACAGACCACAACCCCAACACCCACCAUAGAGACCUCCACUCCUACAUCAACCACUACUCAGACACCAAGUCCAACCCCUACAACCACAGUGACUCCACCCUCAACACCUACCACCACAGGGCCCACAACCCCAACAUCUACUACCACCACACAGACCACAACCCCAACACCCACCAUAGAGACCUCCACUCCUACAUCAACCACUACCCCAACACCAAGUCCAACCCCUACAACCACAGGGACUCCACCCUCAACACCUACCACCACAGGGCCCACAACUCCAACAUCUACUACCACCACACAGACCACAACCCCAACACCCACCAUAGAGACCUCCACUCCUACAUCAACCACUACUCAGACACCAAGUCCAACCCCUACAACCACAGUGACUCCACCCUCAACACCUACCACCACAGGGCCCACAACCCCAACAUCUACUACCACACAGACCACAACCCCAACACCCACCAUAGAGACCUCCACUCCUACAUCAACCACUACUCAGACACCAAGUCCAACCCCUACAACCACAGGGACUCCACCCUCAACACCUACCACCACAGGGCCCACAACCCCAACAUCUACUACCACACAGACCACAACCCCAACACCCACCAUAGAGACCUCCACUCCUACAUCAACCACUACUCAGACACCAAGUCCAACCCCUACAACCACAGUGACUCCACCCACAAAAACUACCACCACAGGGCCCACAACCCCAACAUCUACUACCACACAGACCACAACCCCAACACCCACCAUAGAGACCUCCACCCACAUCAACCACCACCCCAGACACCAAGUCCAACCCCCUACAACCACAGGGACUCCAACUUCAACACCUACCACCACAGGGUCCACAACCCCAACAUCUACUACCACCACACAGACCACAACCCCAACACCCACCAUAGAGACCUCCACUCCUACAUCAACCACUACUCAGACACCAAGUCCAACCCCUACAACCACAGGGACUCCACCCUCAACACCUACCACCACAGGGCCCACAACCCCAACAUCUACUACCACCACACAGACCACAACCCCAACACCCACCAUAGAGACCUCCACUCCUACAUCAACCACUACUCAGACACCAAGUCCACCCUCUACAACCACAAUGACUCCAACUUCAACACCUACCACCACAGGGCCCACAACCCCAACAUCUACUACCACACAGACCACAACCCCAACACCCACCAUAGAGACCUCCACUUCUACAUCAACCACUACUCAGACACCAAGUCCAACCCCUACAACCACAGGGACUCCACCUUCAACACCUAGCACCACAGGGCCCACAACCCCAACACCUACGGGAACAGAGACCUUCACUUCCAGAUCUACCACUACCCAGACACCUAGCCCUCCCCCCACCACCAUAGUGACUCCGACUACAACAACUACCACCACAGUGAGCGUAACUUCCAUGCCUACUACUUCAGAGACACCAACCCCAACCUCUACAACUACAGAGGUCUCUACCCCCACCCCUCAUGUUACUACUACCACCAUUAUAGGCUCCUCAACCUCAACACCCACCACUGCAAUCACUGAGACUCCAUCUCCACCUUCCACCAUUUCAGAAACAGCAAGCUCAACUUCUCCCACCACUGAAAGCACAAGCCCAACAUCUACUACUAGCCAAACCCCAACCCCAACCCCCACCACCAUCAAAGAGACCCCUACCUCUACAAGCACAGUACCUACUACAGGAUCAACCUCUUCCAAACCUCCAACUGGAUCCUCAACGCCUAUAACUUCUCCAUCUACUCCUUCCCCACCCACGGAGUCCACUACCCUUUCAAGCACCCCUGUAACCACCACAGCAACAUCUAGCACGUCAUCCCCUGGAACAACAUCACCCUUCGCCACUUCAUCAGUGGGCAGCACUCCCUCUUCACCUCCAAGUUCAACAUCAGGCCCCACCACAUCUUCAGGCAUGCCCACUUCCUCAAAGACCACAACAGGGCCAACCUCACCUACCACAAGACCACCCUCCACAUCCACCCCCACAUCUCCCACUGUACCAACCUCUACUACGGAAGCAACCACCCAGACAAGGCUCUCGUCAACCACACCAACCAUGGAAACCACCAGGACCUCGUCUUGGGGGACAUCCUCUUCAGUUUCCCCAAUCGUCUCUCCCAGCACUGUCUGGAUUAGCACUGCAACCAUAGUUACCUGCUGUGUUGUGGAUGAGAUGUUCUAUGGUCCAGGUGAAAUGGUCUACAACAGUACCCAUGGGGACACCUGUUAUUUUGUAAACUGCUCUGUGGACUGCCAACUCCAGAUCUUCAAUUGGUCCUGUCCAUCUACUCCCUCAACUCCCACACCCUCAACACCAACAACACCAACAUCCUCCCAGACGACCACACCCUCCACACCAUCUACCACAUCUUCAAAGUCUACACCCUCUACGCCCCAAUCCACAUCAUCCAAGUCAACGCCCAGCACACCACCCAAAACCACCCCUCCUGCGUGCCUCGAUUUUGAUCCUCCCAGACAGGUCAAUGAGACCUGGUGGCUGUGUAACUGUACCAUGGCCAUCUGCAAACAUGACAACGUAGUGGAGAUUGUGGAGCUGGAGUGCAACCCCCCACCCAUGCCCACCUGUUCCAAUGGCCUCAAACCCGUGCGUGUCCUUGACCCUGAUGGCUGCUGCUGGCACUGGGAAUGUGACUGCUACUGCACUGGCUGGGGGGACCCACACUUUGUCACCUUCGAUGGGCUUUACUACAGUUACCAGGGUAACUGUACCUAUGUGCUGGUAGAGGAGAUUACCCCCACAGUGGACAACUUUGGGGUCUACAUCGACAACUACCACUGCGAUGCCAACGACAAGGUGUCCUGCCCCCGCACACUUAUUGUGCACCAUGAGACCCAGGAAGUGCUGAUCAAGACCGUGCACAUGAUGCCCAUUGAGGUGGAGGUACAGGUGAACAAGCAGUUAGUGGCUUUGCCCUACAAGAAGUAUGGACUGGAGGUAUACCAAUCUGGCAUCAACUUUGUGGUGGACAUCCCCAGGCUGGGUGCCCAGGUCUCCUACAAUGGCCUGUCUUUCUCCAUCCGGCUGCCUUACCACCUGUUUGGCAACAACACAAAGGGCCAAUGUGGCACCUGCACCAACAAUACUGCGGAUGACUGUAUCCUACCCAGUGGGGAGAUCAUCUCUGACUGUGAAGUUGCUGCUGAUGAGUGGUUGGUGAAUGACCCCUCCAAGCCACACUGUCCCCACAAAGGCCUCACCACUAAGCGCCCAGCCAUCACGACACCAGGACUUUUCACUGAAGGCUGCACUGUGUCUCCUGUCUGUCAGCUCAUCAUGGACAGCUUAUUCUCCCAGUGCCACCCCUUCGUGCCUCCCAAGCACUACUACGAAGCUUGCCUGUUUGAUAGCUGCUUUGUGGCUGGCUCUGGUAUGGAGUGUGCCAGUGUACAGGCCUAUGCUGCCCUCUGUGCUCAGGAAGGUGUCUGCAUUGACUGGCGGAAUCACACCCAGGGGGCCUGUGCUGUGACGUGUCCAGCUCACAGGCAGUAUCAGGCCUGUGGGCCUGCAGAGGAACCCACCUGCCAGUCCAGCUCCCCUCAGAAUUCCACGCUCUUGGUGGAAGGCUGCUUCUGUCCUGAAGGGACCACAAAGUUUGCCCCUGGCUAUGACGUCUGUGUGAAGAUAUGUGGAUGUGUGGGACCGGACAAUGUGCCCAGAGAGUUUGGAGAGCACUUUGAAUUUGACUGCAAGGACUGUGUUUGCCUGGAGGGUGGAAGUGGUAUUGUCUGCCAACCAAAGAAGUGUGCUAGGGGCAACCUGACCACAUGUGAGGAGGAUGGCACCUACCUUGUUGUGGAGGCCGACCCAGAUGACAAGUGCUGCAACACCACCUCAUGUAAGUGUGACCCCAAACGGUGCAAAGCUGAACGCCCCUCGUGUCUGCUGGGAUUCGAAGUGAAGAGUGAGCACGUGCCUGGGAAAUGCUGUCCUGUCUACUCCUGUGUGCCCAAGGGUGUGUGCGUGCACGAGAAUGCUGAAUACCAGCCCGGAUCCCCAGUGUACUCUAACAAGUGCCAGGACUGUGUAUGCACCGACAGCAUGGACAACAGCACCCAGCUCAAUGUCGUCUCCUGUACCCAUGUGCCCUGCAACAUCUCCUGUAGCUCUGGCUUUGAGCUUGUGGAGGUCCCUGGGGAAUGUUGCAAGAAGUGCCAGCAGACCCAUUGCAUCAUCAAGAGGCCCGAGCAGCAGUACAUCAUUCUGAAGCCUGGGGAGAUACAGAAAAACCCCAACGACAGGUGCACCUUCUUCAGCUGCAUGAAAAUCAACAACCAGCUCAUCUCUUCAGUCUCCAAUAUCACCUGCCCUGACUUUGACCCAAGUGAUUGUGUUCCGGGCUCCAUCACAUACAUGCCGAAUGGCUGCUGUAAGACAUGCAUCCAUAACCCUAACAACAACACAGUCCCUUGCUCUGCCAUACCCGUCAUGAAGGAGAUUUCCUACAAUGGCUGUGCCAAGAACAUCUCCAUGAACUUCUGCGCUGGGUCCUGUGGGACUUUUGCCAUGUACUCUGCCCAGGCCCAGGAUCUGGAUCAUGGGUGUUCUUGCUGCAGGGAGGAGAGGACCAGUGUACGAAUGGUUUCCCUGGACUGCCCAGAUGGCAGUAAGCUGAGCCAUACCUACACACACAUCGAGAGCUGUCUGUGCCAGGGCACCGUCUGUGAGCUGCCACAGGCCCAGCAAAGCCGCACCAGGCGUUCUAGUCCCCGGCUUCUAGGAAGGAAGUGAACGGGUUACACCGUGCACACCUCUUCCCAUCUUGAGCCAUCCUGCUAAUUCUCUGAGCUUCCCCACUUCCUGCUUGACUUCUUCUCUGCACAUAUUUAUUUUCGGAGUUUCUGUUCCAUUCUUUGCUUUCUGAUAAUAAACUCAGGCAUAGCCACUC